AUGACCUCUAUUGUGAAACAGGUACCUCACCUUUCUUUUAAAUUAGUUAAAUUUACUAGUGUCUUAGAAGAGUAUUGGUCUGUAGUUGUUUUUCAUGUUAGUGUAGAGUCUUCUAAUGGAAGUUAUACUUUAUAUAGAACAUCUGAACAGCUAAUAGGUAUUCUCUGUUCUUGUAUAAAAGGAAUUGAACCUUUACCAAUGGAUAAAGACAUUGAAUGGUUGAAAAGUACUGAACCUUUAUUUUAUACUAAGAGAUAUCUCUUAAUUUUUAAUAAAUGUAUUGAAAAAUUAUUAGAGAUUCCAGAAUUUAUGAAAGAGUUAAGGAAACAAAAAUUAUUAAGAAAAGACUUUCUUCCUCCUUUAAAUUCACUUAAAUUUACUAAAAAAGGAAAAGUUUUAUUCCAUAGAAAUGAUGACCCUGAAGAUUUAAUGAUUAAUGUAACUUUAAUGUUAUGUACAUCUCAGUUACCAUAUCUUUAUGUCUAUAUUACUAACAACCCUGUCAGUGUCCCUUAUAUAACCAUACAACUACCUCCAAUUUUAGUUCAAUUAUCUCAACAAUCAAAUGGCGCUUUUAUAGUUCAGACACCUACACAAUCAUAUACUUUUUAUGUUUCAAUGGUAGAUGAAGCCAAUAAAUGGGUUCACUCAAUUAAUAAAAGUACAAUCAGAACAAUAAUUUGUCCAAAGGGAUUAUUAGCUCUUGUAAAUUCUCCUCGUUCAUCUCCUAAAUCAAGUAGAACACCAAGGAAGAAUAUGACUUCAAAAGAGUCAAAUGGUAUCUUAUUAUUAACAUCAUAUAACAAUGAAACAAAUUCAUUACAAAAGAAAAUAUUAAAAGAUCAACUAAGAUUAAUGGCUACAAUCAAUAUCACUGGACUUAUUCAGACAUUAAAUGAACGACACGUUACAAUGAAAAUUGAUCAACUAAAACAAGUAUUAACUUUAGUAUUAUUUGGUGCAGAAAUAACAACAUUAGAAAAUGUUAUUGGUGAAAUUGGAUUCUUUUCAGAAUCAGGUCUUGUUAAUGAAACAAUUGAUAUCAACGAGUUACAUGGAAGUGUUAUUUUUGCUUUAAAAGAAGAUUCAAAAAUCCCAAAUUUACAUGGAUAUUCAAGAAAUUUAGAUGGUAAAGAAAAAAGUCAUAUUCUUUUGGCUAUUAACAGAAUGUCUUCUUCUCAAAAUGAAAACAAAUGUAAUAUAGAAUAUCCAUUAUUUCCAGGAGAAAAUAUCAUAAGUAUUAUUCCUGAAACAAUUCAUCUUCAUUUUAAUCAAACAAAGAGUAGUGUACAACCAAUCUUUGGUACGGUUAUUGUAACUACUGCUCGUUUUAUAUUUAAACAACAAAAACAAUUGUUAGAGAUAGACAAAUCAAAAGAUCUUCUUAGAACUUCUGAACAUUGUUCUGGUACAUUUCAUAUUCCAGUUCCAUCAAUUAAAAAAAUUAAAGUGAGAAGUAUUGAAUUGGAGUCAAUAAAAAAAUUUUAUACUUUGUUGAUUAUCACAAAAUACUUCAAUUAUUUCUAUAUUGGUUAUUUCACUGAUGAAGCUCAAGCAUUAAAAUUACAAGAAACAUUAUUAAGUCUAAUAGAAAAGAAUGCCCAGAUAGAAUUAUUCUCUAUGGGUGGACCAAUAGAAGAUCGAAUGAAAUUGAUUAGAGAAGAUUUUACAAGACUCAAGAUUGAAAAAUACCCUGCAUUAAAAGUAUGGAUUCAACAACUUUGUCCAACAUAUCCUCCUUGUGUUGUUAUACCUUCAAUAUUUAAUGAAGAAGAACUACAACAAUGUAUACAAUUUAGGAGCAAAGGAAGAAUUCCUAUUGUUUCUUGGAUAUCUGAAGGAAAUGGAUUAUUAGUUAGAAGUAGUCAACCUGCAACAGGUAUUACUUCUUCUAGAAGUAAAAUUGAUGAACAAAUGUUAACUGAAUAUGCCAUGAUGAGUCGAACACAUUCAAUCAAAAUUUAUGAUGCACGACCAAAAUUAAAUGCUAACGUAAACAGAGUAAAGGGAAUGGGAAGUGAAAAUAUGAAGAAUUAUGGUAAUGCCACAAUAACAUUUCUAAAUAUUGAUAACAUCCAUAAAAUGAGAGACGCUGAAGAUGGAUUGUUUACUAUAACCGAAUCACCUUUAAGUGAAGAAAAUAAAAGUAUAUGGUUAAAACAUAUUAAAAAGAUUAUUAAAGGUGUUUGUGAACUUUGUACUAGUAUUAUUAAUGGUAAUAGUGUUCUAGUUCAUUGUUCAGAUGGGUGGGAUAGAACAAGUCAACUAACAUCAUUAACAAUGAUUAUAAUGGACCCUUAUUAUCGUACUUUUAAGGGGUUUGAAACAAUAAUUGAAAAAGAGUGGAGUUUAAGUGGUCAUAAAUUUAGUGAUAGAUGUAGACACUUAAAUGGAUCACAAAGUAUUUCUGAAACUUCACCUAUAUUUUUACAAUUUAUUGAUAGUGUUUAUCAACUCUAUUCAUUAUUUCCAAAUGAAUUUGAAUUUAAUGAAGUUUUCUUAAAAGAAUUACUCUUUCAAUUAUAUUCUUGUUAUUUCUGUAACUUCCGCUUUAAUUGCUGGAAUGAAUUUAAUUCUUUUGGGAACCGAGUAAUGAACUUUUAUUCUUUCCUUGAUUCUGAAGAAGAAAUUUUAUUUGGUUUUAGUAAUGAAUUAUUUAAUCCUCAAUCUAAAGUGUUAUCUCUAGAUAUCAUUAAACAGAAACAACCUAUAUUUUGGUAUAAUUAUUAUGGGGGUUAUUCAAAAACCCACAAUUACAUGUAA